AUGUCAGAAUGGAAAACUCAGCCAAUAGUUCAUGUAGUGAAGUGGUCCCUGACCCAAACCAUCUGUUCCAAUUUCCACUCAGACUGCUGGAAUAUUGAUGCAGAUCUCAAAAGGAACACCACAGAAAUGAUAGUCCCAUCAAAUCUUCAGCUUUGUCCUCUGCAACUGCAGCUGGGAGAUUCUCUUUUUCUGUCUUCUGAGCCAUCUUUUCAGUCAUAUGGAAUGAACCUGGCAAAUGUUUCCUUGGAAGAAUUUAUGAGGUGUCCUCAAGAAGAUGUUCCUCAGAAAGAGCUAAUUUUUGGUUGCAGGUUAAGAGGAAUGCAUCAAAUUGACCCAAAGUGGCUUGAGACUGGAACACGUUACUUUGUAGAAGCUCCAGCUAGAGGUCCACCUUUAUGCAAUUUAGGGCUUAGACUGAAUAUAACAGUAAAACAGCAUUUUUGCCAGCAGUCCCCAAGUGCACCUUUUUGUUCUGGACAUGGAAAAUGUCUAAGUCAUAUCUGGGAUAAAGCAUAUCAUUGUAUCUGUAACCAGCCCUACUCAGGACAAUUCUGCCAAGAAUCUGAUGUAUGCUUCAGUAAGCCAUGUUACAACAAUGCUUCCUGUGUUAGCAGAGGGAAACAAAGAGAUCGUACAGGAGAUUCCUAUGAGUGCAUAUGCCCUCCAUUGUUUGCUGGCAAAAACUGUUCAGAAAUCAUUGGACAAUGCCAGCCACAGAGUUGCCACCAUGGCAACUGCAGCAAUGUUACUCCAAAUACUCACCAAUGCCAAUGUGAUAAAGAUUUUUCAGGUAAGGAAUGCAUUUACUGUAAUACAAAAAUGUUCUGGGUUGCAGUGGCUCUGCAUGGAGGUUUUACAGUUACAUCCUGCACCAGUAUAAGAGAAGCUUUUACAUGGUGGUUUAUCUUCUGCUUUUUGUCACAGAAGCUUCACCUUAAUCACAUCAGACCAUUGUACACUUUGUAG